GCGGGGGGGGGGUCCUUUAAAAGCAGGGCAGCAGGCACUGCACCCAGAGCUGAAAUCAGGAAGCCUCAGCACUAUGGCUGGAUCAGGUCCCCCCAUGGCAUCAUUGGAACCAGGCCUCACCAGGUCCCUGAACGGGGGCCCCUUGCCCCCACAGCGCCCUGGCACUCAGGACCAGACCUACCUGGAUGAGCUCAUCAGCAUCCCCAAGGGCAGUGGGCCCGGGUUCAGCUUUAGGAAACUCUGGGCUUUCACCGGUCCCGGCUUCCUCAUGAGCAUCGCCUACUUGGACCCAGGCAACGUGGAGUCAGACCUGCAAAGCGGGGCCCUGGCGGGAUUCAAGCUGCUGUGGGUGCUGCUGUGGGCCACCAUCCUGGGGCUGCUGUGCCAGCGCCUCGCCAUCCGUCUGGGUGUGGUGACCGGGAAGGACCUGGGCGAGAUUUGCUACCUCUAUUACCCCAAGGUGCCCCGCGUGCUGCUCUGGCUCAUGAUUGAGAUGGCCAUCAUUGGCUCUGACAUGCAGGAGGUGAUCGGGACAGCCAUUGCUUUCAGCCUGCUCUCAGCUGGCCGCAUCCCCCUCUGGGCUGGGGUCCUUAUCACCAUCGUGGACACCCUCUUCUUCCUCUUCCUCGAUAAGUACGGGCUCCGCAAACUGGAGGCUUUCUUCGGCCUCCUCAUCACCAUCAUGGCCCUGACCUUUGGCUAUGAGUACGUGGUGGUGAGGCCAAGGCAGGUGGAGGUGCUGAAGGGCAUUUUCCUGCCCAGCUGCCCGGGCUGCGGGCAAAAGGAGCUGCUGCAGGCCAUGGGCAUCAUCGGCGCCAUCAUUAUGCCCCAUAACAUCUUCCUCCACUCCUCCUUGGUCAAGACACGGGUGAUUGACCGGUCCAAGAAGGAGGCAGUGCAGGAGGCCAAUAUGUAUUUCCUGACCGAGUCCUGCCUGGCCCUCUUUGUCUCCUUCCUCAUCAACCUCUUUGUCAUGGCUGUCUUCGGUGAGGCUUUCUACCACCAGCGAAACGAGGACGUGCACAACAAGUGCAUCAACAGCAGCAUCAGUCACUACGCCGGCAUCUUCCCCACCAACAACGAGACCAUCUCUGUGGAUAUCUACCAGGGGGGUGUCAUCCUGGGCUGCUAUUUCGGGGCAGUGGCACUGUACAUCUGGGGCAUUGGGAUCCUGGCAGCAGGACAGAGCUCCACAAUGACCGGGACUUACGCAGGGCAGUUCGUCAUGGAGGGCUUCCUGCAGCUCCGCUGGUCCCGCUUCACCCGGGUGCUCUUCACCCGCUCCUUUGCCAUCCUGCCCACUGUCUUGGUGGCCGCUUUCAAGGACAUCAGCCACCUCACAGGCAUGAAUGACCUGCUCAACGUCCUGCAGAGCAUCCUGCUGCCUUUUGCCGUCCUGCCUGUGCUCACAUUCACCAGCCUGCACCCGCUCAUGCAGGAUUUCAGCAACAGCCUCCCGGGGAAGGUGCUGAUGACCCUCAUAACGGGGCUGGUCUGCGCCAUCAACAUUUACUUCGUGGUGGACUUUUUGCCAACACUGCAUGGCCUGGAGUACCACAUUCCCCUGAGCCUGCUACUGGUCGCCUACGUGGCUUUCGUCGCCUACCUGAUCUGGACAUGCAGCAUCGCACAUGGAGCCCGCUUCCUGGCCCGGGGCCGCCACAGCCGCUUCAAUUUCGGUCUCGCCCUCGACCCGACAGAGACACGGAUCUGAGAGCUCAGCGCUUCUUCCCACCCCCAACCCCCGCCAAUUCCGAGGUGCUGGUCCAGGCUGGAUGCGAGGGGAGUGGGAUAGAGCUGGACAUUCUCCCGUCCGUUGGCACAGGCGCUUCAGUGAAUGAGCCGCAUCGGAGACUUCCCCUGCUCAUUACUGCCAGGAACCGCCAGCCCCCGGGACCGCUAAUCACCGCUGGGGACCGCUAAUUACCGCCGGGGACCGCUAACCACCCCCCGCCACCCGCCGGGCCAGCCCCGGGACCGGCCCCAUCCCCACGGGGGGCUCCGAAACUUGGGGGGAGGGGGACGGCUGAUAAACGGCGUGUUUGGAACCUGG